AUGGAGAGAGGGUCACUACCAUCAAGUGCUGUGAUUGAGAAUGGAGAACAACCAAGAGAAGGCCCAUUCACAAAGUACGAAAACUAUCAAAGGGAUUGGAUGGAACAGAAACGAGGUUCCCUAAUGUUAGUAGCCACAGUUAUUGCAACCAUGACUUUCCAAAUUGCUAUAAACCCACCAGGGGGUGUUUGGCAACAAGACACAAAUAGCCAAAACGGUUGUGCUUCUGGAAAAUUAUGCAAAGCUGGUACUUCAGUUUUAGCCUUUGGUGAUACAAACCAAAAGUUAAAAUAUGAGAUAUUCAUGCUGUUAUGUACCAUAUCUUUCUCAGCAUCUCAGGCCAUAAUCCUAUUGCUUAUUUUUGGAUUUACCCUCAGUAACAGAUUGGUUAUGUGGUUGCUCAUAAUAGCCAUGUGUAUCUCAGUGUAUUGCACUGCAGGAGCUUAUGUUAUUUCUAUUAUGAUGGUGAUGGACCCUCUAGAUAAAACUGCUUAUCACAUCACUGUUUAUUAUGCAUUAUAUUGGGCUGCCUCGGUUGUUUUGCUGUGUCUAUUCCUUCUGGGCCGAUUCUUGUCUUGGCUACUGAAGAAGUUCAUAGCAUCUGCACGUGGCUAA